AUUUCUCUUCCGCGUUCAAAUUUAGUCAAGCGGCAUAUGUAUGGGAGUUUAUUUCGAAGGCUAGAGUUUCCUCAAGUAAGACUCCCGUUUUUACAGAUAUUACCUAACUGCUCAGUUCUGAUCAACGGUAUUUACUGGGAGGUCAGAGCACCCAGGCUCAUAACAACCGAAGAUUGCAAAUAUCUGCUGAAUUUCAAGAGUGAUGCCCCUUCGUUGGAACCUCACCAGAAACUUCUGUACAUAUCUGGUACUAUUGCGGAUCGGGGAGGAUCGGUAGAGUUCACAAACGAGUGUACAUACAUGACUGCGCCGUUUCUUAUGUACGACCCAGAGACGAACAGCUACCACAACCCGGAAGGAAUCCUGACGAGCAGCAUCGACAACCUAUCAGCUCAGUUUCCGCUGGAAGCGACGGAAGCCUUUGGCGAUGUGCCUUUGCCAUUGCUCAAACAAAUGGUUCAGAAUAAAACGGUAAUAUGCACAAACCCAUUUUCGAAUAGGAGCAUAUCACCAAUCAAUAACCACUUCAGGGUCGUUUUAAGCCAUGAUAAAAGGCAUUCGAAAAUUCUUAUCCUUGGAGCCGGAUAUGUCGCUCCUCCGGUCAUCGAAUGCCUUUCCCGUUCAAAAGAUGUUCAGCUCACCGUGGCGACUUCUGAAGUAGAGCAUGUCGAAAACCUAUCUCGAACGUUGCCUAACAUCGAGGUUCAAUUGGUGGACGUCGAAGAACAACCUGACGCAUUAGAACGACUGGUGGCCGACCAUGACUUGGUCAUUAGUUGGCUUCAUCCUCUAUUCGCAAGAAUGUGCAUCAGAUACAAAAGACACCUACUGACUGUUAGUUACCUUUCUCCCGAAAUGAAAAAUUUGCAUGCAGAAGCCAAAGCGGCUGGAAUCACGGUGGUCAGUGAGAUCGGUCUUGAUCCAGGGAUUGACCACACUGGAGAUUAUCAACUUUGCCAAGGACAAUGGAGGAAAGGCAAGUUCUGUGUUAAGGCAACAAUAACAGUCAAUAAUAUUAUAGAACAGUGCAAUAACUAUUCAAAAAGUCCGAGGAAUGUUCUACUCAACGCGUUAUCUGGUGCCAAAUACUUAGGAAAAGGCAACGUUGUAGAGACCCCUACUUCGCUGAACAUUGAAGGAUUCCCUAACCGCGAUUCGACGAAAUACUUUGACAUAUACAACGGUUUCGUUGAGGUGAUGAAAGCAUUUCUCAGCGUAGAGAAACAUAUAAUGUUCACGCCUCAUUUUGGACAAGAAAAAACUUGGGUAAAAUGGCACUUUCAAUCACUUGUAUAUGCUAGUCUUAAAAAUCGAACAUUGUCUUUCAGACUAGAGCUGUUCAAAACAGGGGACCUGUACGCUUAUAUGGUGACCACUGGUGAUUUUAAUAAAAGCAUCGACGAACGGUUUGAAGUGGACCUGACUGCAUGCGGUGACCCCAAGGGCUACUCCGCAAUGGCUCGAACGGUCGGUUACCCUGUCGCCAUCGCAGCGGAAAUGCUGCUUGAGGGUGAGUCUACAUUUCUAAUCAUCAAAAAUAGCGGUUUACUGAUGCACCUGCAGUAUCAAGAUCUAUCGGGUGAUAGAACGAUGUUUCAGCUCAUAUUUUACGGGUGUUCAACAAUGCCAUGUUGUCGACUGUAG